UCAACGGUCAUUCGGUUGCUGGUGUCAUCUGUGCAUGAUCAUUUACAAGAUACUCAUUCGCGACUGAUUUGUCUGCCCUAUGAGUGGGGGAUUUGCACGGGGGUACCGUGCCGAUAUAAGUGAAACAUGGGCCCGGCAUCCGCAGUCAACCAGUCAGUCAUUCAGUCAUUCGAUCAUUCAGUGCCUGGUAAAAUAGUGUUUCUCCGCUUGCUAAAAGCCCAAUACGCACGAUGAAUCGAAUGAUUGCAUUACUAGCAGCAGCAGUAAUUGCUGUUACAGCUACACACGCGGAAGAGGAAUUAGUGGCGGUUGUUCGCCUAAUAUCAUUUUCCUCAAAAAACGUCACGGGUAACUUGAAGAUUGUUCAAACUCCUUUGAAUGGACCCGUUUCUAUCACUGGCAAGAUCUCCGGACUCACAGAGGGGCCACACGGUUUUCAUGUGCAUGAGAAGGGAGAUUUGAGUGAGGGUUGCAAAUCUGCAGGAGCACACUUCAACCCCGAGAAUAAUACCCACGGUGCCCCAGAAGACACCGUCAGACAUGUCGGCGAUUUAGGAAAUAUCGUGGCCAAUACUGAGGGAGAAGCGAUAAUAAAUAUCACUGACAAUAUCAUCUCGCUGACAGGAUCGAAUAGCAUCAUUGGACGGUCCAUAGUAGUACAUUCUGACGAAGACGAUCUUGGGAAGAGCAAUCAUUCCCUUUCUUUGACAACCGGAAAUUCUGGCGAUCGUUGGGCCUGUGGUGUCAUUGGCAUCGAGUAGGUUCACAAAUAUAUUUUUGUCAUUUUUAUUUUGAAAUAUAUUUUGUCAUUUUUUUUGUGUUUUUAACAAUAUAGUAUAUUAUGUGACUUAGAAUAUAAAAUAAAACCAAAUAAAGAGCAUACAGCCACAGCGCUAGUUAUUAUGAGCAGGCAUGGGAGCUGGUCACUUUUCUCACUUUUUUAGAAACAUC